AUGGAGUUCAUACGCUGUGUCUCGCGGUUGAGACUCCCAAGGAGAUACUUGGUAAAGAAUCCUCUGUUGCAAAAACCUUUGCGCCAUGUGCGCUUCAACUCAACCAAGUCCCCAGUUCCUCCGAGCAUUGUGCUCCGCGACUACCAAGAGGAAAGCAUUCAGUCCGUCCUGAAAUAUCUGGGUGAAGGCCAUCGACGCCUAGGAAUUUCACUUGCAACAGGAGCUGGCAAGACAGUCAUAUUCACACAGCUUAUCAGCCGAAUCCCUCCUCGCGAUGCGAAAGCCACCAAGACCAUGAUCAUCGUCCAUCGGCGCGAACUCGUCGAACAAGCCGCGAAACACUGCAGCCUGGCCUAUCCAGACAAGACCGUCGAAAUAGAGAUGGGCAAGAAUGUUGCAACGGGAGCAGGGGACAUCAUCAUCGCGUCAGUCCAGACACUAGCGCGGGGGCGCAUGUACAAGUUCGACCCGAGUGCAUUCAAGCUCGUAUUGGUGGAUGAGGCGCAUCAUAUAGUUGCUAAAUCAUACCGUGAAGCUCUGGGACAUUUCGGGUUGAACGAGCCAUCUGCCAACGGACCGGUCUUGGUGGGUGUUUCGGCUACUUUUUCACGGUUCGAUGGUCUCAAACUGGGCGCUGCCAUUGAUCAUAUUGUCUACCACAAAGACUACGUUGAUAUGAUUGGCGAAAACUGGUUGGCCAAUGCCGUCUUUACGACUGUCAAGUCGGGGGCCAAUUUGUCCAAAGUCAAGAAAGAUAGUUUCGGAGACUUUGCUCUGGGAUCGCUUUCGGAGGCGGUUAAUACUACGUCUACGAACAACAUCACAGUCCGGGCAUGGAUGGCAAGUGCUGAGAACCGAAAGUCGACUCUUGUAUUCUGUGUCGAUAUCGAGCACGCGCGGCGGCUUACCGCCGCUUUUCGCGACCAUGGCGUCGAUGCUAGGUAUAUCACGGCUAGCACACCUAAAGGCGUCCGCGCUGAACAGCUACGAGCUUUUAAAGACCAAGAAUUUCCCGUGUUGCUAAACUGUGGUCUUUUCACAGAAGGCACGGACAUCCCAAAUAUCGACUGCGUGCUCCUAGCUCGACCGACCAGAUCACGAAACCUGCUCAUUCAAAUGAUCGGGCGUGGUCUUCGACUUUUUCCCGGGAAAAAGGACUGCCAUGUUAUCGAUAUGGUAGCUUCGCUAGAGACCGGAGUCCUAUCAACACCGACAUUGUUCGGCUUGGACCCAGACGAGGUUUUGGACAACACCAGCGUGGAAGAUAUGAAGAAGAAUGAUGAUCAGGGAAGCCAAUCGGAAGCCACACCUGAGGCCGAUGAACAAUACGAUGGCUCAGACAACGACCUGAAACUCCAAUUCACAACCUACGACAGUAUAUACGAUCUCCUCAGGAGACAUGCAGUCCGAGCGACACAUCAGAUCGUUCAGCCCGCACAACUGGACGAUAUCUUCACAGCUCAUCAUGUCAUGAAAUUCAAUAACCCAACAACAGAGGCACCGCAAUUCACACGUCCUCGCAAGAUCGCCACUGGCUCGGAUCUGGAGAGCAUUGUCCGUGCAGCGGAUACCUUUGCCAGUACGAAGUUUGAAGAACAUUACAUCGCAUCUUGGAAACCUUGGCGACGGGCCCAGGCAACACCGGGACAAAUCAAAAUGCUGAACGGAGCUCGCAUUCGAGAUGGCAAUAUAAAGCCCGAGGACUUGACUCGCGGUCAAGCGGCUGAUAUGAUUACGAAGCUGAAGCAUGGAGGCAAGAAGCGCUUCAAGGACCUGGAGGUUCAGAAGCGGAAGAAGCUGCGGCAAGUGGAUAACAUGGCUGAGCUUCAAAGAAGGGUUGAUGUCAAGGUCGGGCCAGUCGAGGCUUGA